AGAACAUUUAUUUGCUCUGCUCCACUGAUGAGAGAAAAAGACUUUCCAAACUUCAUAAUGAAAACUCGCAUGCCUGAGCAACUAGGGAAGAGUGACCUCCUGCUAAUUUUAUGUAGUUCUUGAAUGCAAGUAGCUGGUGAAUACUAUGCUGCUGUUGAAUCACCGUGAACUGAUGCAGGAUAGUGGCCAUGGACAGGCAGAGAAAUAACCCUUUCCUUUUCUCUUACUCACAGGUAAAGGUUUUAAUGCUCCCUUUCAUUGCCUAUUAUGCAUGCGAAUUUCCAUCCACCUUUCAUUUUUUGAGUUAAUUACUAUGUAGGGGUUAUUAAGAUGUUGAAGCACUUUGAACACUUGAAGUGUACUACAGAAAGGCUAAUUAGCAUUAUCCUCAUCAUUAUCAUCACGGGAUGUUUGGAUGCUUGACUGAUGAAAGGAAAGUGAUUAACUAAGGCAAAGAGGACCAGCAAGGAGAUAUUACAUCACCAAAGAGCAUUUUCUGAUGCCUCACUGCCAACAUCUACAAAAACAAAAGCCCUCUUUCCCCACAAUUUUCUGUACUUGGGUUGUGCGUGGGGGAAUAAUUCUACAGGAGGAGGAACAGGAUUUAAGGUAUGGUCACAGAGCCAAGUAUCACCAUCCAAACAUCUCCUUAAUGAAAUGAGGCUCCCAGUAAGGGUGGGCUCAAACCACCAACCUUCUGGUUAACAGCCAGACGGACUGACCUAUUGCUUUUCACUCCCAAGUAUCCAGAGGCCUAACCUACCUCACAGGGUUCCUUGGAAGAUCAAAGGUGGGCAUAUGAUGAUGGUGAAUGCAAUAAAGCAAAUAAAACCAUUGCAGGUGAUCUGUCGAUUAUCCCAUAGGGUUUGUACUGCAAGGACAAAAUGCUGUUUGUUCCGCUCAUGCUGUUGCCCUUUCUUUUUUUUCAAGUUUUUAUUUAUACUUUUCAAAUUUAUACAUUUCAUUAAUUAUACAAUCAUUUCAAGGCUUGACUUCCUUAAGCCGUUGCCCUUUCUUGUUUGCGAGCCGCUUUGUGAUUCGUGAGAGGGAAAAGAGGCGGGAACGGGGUUUUGUGUGUGUGGUUAUAUUAUUAUAUUAUAUUAUAGGAAUAUAAUGAGUGUCAUCAACAAAGUGCAGAAGGGGACGGCUUAUGUUAUGUUAUAAUAUGUUAUAUUGUAUUAUAUUAUAUUUAUUAUAUUUUAUUAUUAUAGAAAUAUGAGUGUCAUCAACAAAGCGCAUGAGGGGGCGGCUUACGUUAUGUUAUAAUAUGGUAUAUUGUAUUAUAAUAUAUCAUAUUAUAUUUAUUAUAGGAAUAUAAUGUGUGUCAUCAACAAAGCGCAAGAGGGGGCGGCUUACGUUAUGUUAUAAUAUAGUAUAUUGUAUUAUAUUAUAUCAUAUUUAUUAUAUUAUAAUAAUAAUAAUAAUAAUAUAAUGAGUGUUAUUAGCAAAGCGAGCGAGGGGUGGCUUAUGUUAUGUUAUAUUAUGAUAGGCAUGUAGUGCGUGUCAUCCACCAGGCGAGCGAGGGGGCGACCUGCGCACUUACCCAGCCCCAGCAUGGGGAUCUCUAGGCCGUUGGCGAGGCGGGCCGAGGGCCCCGCGAGCGCCUUCCCGGCCGCCCACGCGCUCAUGGCGAGCCGCUCCCACCUCAGCGGCCCAGGCGCCAUCCGCGCGCCGCCGCCGCCUCCUUCAUCUCCUCCUCCCCACACGACGAGCCGCUCCUCCUUCGGCCUCUCGGCUCCGGCCGCCGCGAAACUGUCGCGAAGCCGCUCGCUUUACGGCAAAGCGGCGGGGAUGCCCGGAAGCGGCAGCGGCGGCUUGAGAAGCGCUCCGCUGGCGGCGCACGUGUGAGUCCGAGCGGGGAGGCGGGAGCAGGCGGGGGGCGGGAGGAGUGAUGGGACUCUCCGGCCAAUGGCAGGAGCCGCAGCAGCCGGUGCUAAGCGAGCCCUGCUUUGCAUAUUGGCGCGUGUACGGGUGUGCGUGAUGGUGGUGGUGGGGUUUCUCACGUAAGCCUGCAGUCCCGUGUCCUGGCCGAGGUUGCCACCUUAGGGGUUGUCCCGUAUCCCAGUGUAUGUCCUGUAUUGGUACGGUGUCGUGCUGCGUUUGGGGCUGGGGGGGCUAUUGGGUGGUUGUUUUUAUUUUUAUUAUGUAUUUUGUGGUUUUAGAUCUUGAUUUUAUUAUGUGAACCAGCCUGAGACCCCCGGGUAUAAAAGGUAAAGGUAAAGGGACCCCUGACCAUUAGGUCCAGUUGUGGCUGACUCUGGGGUUGCGGCGCUCAUCUCGCUUUAUUGGCCGAGGGAGCCGGCGUACAGCUUCCGGGUCAUGUGGCCAGCAUGUUUAAGCCGCUUCUGGCGAACCAGAGCAGCGCAUGGAAACGCCGUUUACCUUCCCACCGGAGUGGUACCUAUUUAUCUACUUGCACUUGACGUGCUUUCAAACUGCUAGGUUGGCAGGAGCAGGGACCGAGCAACGGGAGCUCACCCCGUCGCGGGGAUUCGAACCGCCGACCUUCUGACCAGCAAGUCCUAGGCUCUGUGGUUUAACCCACAGCGCCACCCGCUUCCCUUACCCCCGGGUAUAGGAUGGUAUAAAAAUUCAAUAAAUCAUCAUCAUCAUCGAUACAGUCUUGUGCUGUCUUUCCCUUUCGCUGAGAUUCCCGCAUCUCAGGGAGGGUUGGACUAGAUGACCCUUGGCUCCCUUUCCAUCUCUGCAAACCUGUGAUUUGGGUCUUUCCAAAGAUGCACGUUUGAAAGGGUCAUGUGUGAAAGGUCGCGUAUGUAUUUAAGCUCUGGGUAGCCAAGCACAGGCAGAUUUACAAAUUUGUGUGUGUGUGUCAGGGAGGGAGUGUGACAGAUGCCUGAGGGGCCAUUUUGUGUUAGGCAGCAAUAGAUUGUAAUGGGUAGCUUUGAAGUCACUUCAGCACCACAAAAACAACUUGACACCCACAUGCCCCGCCCCAUAUUUUGCCAGAACAAAAGUGGCAACCCACAUUUACACAUGCAUAGUGGGGCUGGAACUCCAAAUUAAGUGUUCAUACAAUUCUCCUAUUCUUUCCCGCUUUUUCACCCUCCAAGCAGUCCAGGAGAGCGCACAAUUUGCUACUUCCCGACAGUCUUGCGAGGUGGGUUAGGCAGAGAGUUAGAGAGAGAAUGGGCAAUCCAAAAGUCACCCAGUGAGCAUGAGUUUCGUGCCAGUCCAGCGUAGAAAUGCAACCUGCUUCUAGGUGCACUGAAUUUAGCGUUGCUUGCUCCCAGGUAAGUGUGUUUCCUAGCGCCACAACUUUACUUGGCUGGCUUUGGGGAAAGGAGGGGGAGGACGAAGCAGUGCUUCUCUGCGUGUUGCCAUUGCAGCAAGGCUGCCGAUCAGAACAAAGCAAUUGGAGCAUAUAACGCCAUCUCUGGCGCAGCUGCACUGACUACCAAUCCGUUUCUGAGCCCGAUUCUUAGUGCUGGUUUAACCAAAAUGCACCAUAUGGACCCCAGUAUCCAAUGGUACGCAGCUCCUGACUCGAACAUACCCAUCACCUGAGACCCUUUAUCCAGGUGCUUCUUUGAGAGGUUUGGAGGAUGGCAACAAAGGACAGGGCCUUUUCGGUUGUGGCUUUGCAUCUAUGAAACUGAUAGUAACAUCCUUUCGGCGCCAGGUUAAAACCUACCUCUUCUCCCAUGCUUUUGUAGGAAUAUGACUACCAUGCUUACUGCUGUUUCCUGUGCUGUAUAUAAUUUUAGAGGAGGGGUAUUGUUGCUUUAUUGCAAAACUUGAUGAUUUCUUAAUUGUUAUAUAACUCACCUAGAGAUGUUUUGCACUGGGUGACAAAUAAAUAUUAGCCGUAUAUUACCUUCUUUUGAGAAGAGAAGACUCCCUGGAAAAGACCCUGAUGUUGGGAAAGAUUGAGGGCACAAGGAGAAGGGGACGACAGAGGACGAGAUGGUUGGACAGUGUUCUCGAAGCUACAAACAUGAGUCUGACCAAACUGCGGGAGGCAGUGGAAGACAGGAGUGCCUGGCGUGCUCUGGUCCAGGGGGUCACGAAGGGUUGGACACGACUAAAUGACUAAACAACAACACCACCUUCUUUUACUGCUUAGGGAAACCUGUAAUUCUAGAAAUAAAUUCUGCUGGGGAAAACCUUAUUUAUUUAUUUUGUUGUUGUUUUUAAUUGAAUGUAUAUACCGCCCUAUACACAAAGGUCUCAGGACGGUUCACAGAACAAAGGGCAGUUCACAGAACAAAAUUAUUUACAAAAUUAUUUACAAUGUUCCAUUAACUAACAGCAAUGAUGUACUGAAUUUCUGAUUGCUUUUUUGUUCUGUUUCAACUUUUUGGCAGGUUACAAAGCCCUCCACCCUGGAAUUGGUGUCUAUUCUUUUCCAUUCCUUAAAUUUAAUAAUAAUAAUAAUGCUUUACCUGAUUGGACUUGGACUUGGAGAUGCCAAAGAUAUUACAGUUAAAGGCCUGGAGGUAAUAAAGCAGUGUAGCCGAGUGUACCUGGAAGCCUACACAUCGAUCCUCACUGUUGGAAAGGAAGCACUGGUACGUAGAUGCACCCUAAGUUCUUUGGAGGGAUGGUGGGAUACAACUCUGGGUAAAAUAAUAACCCCAUUCUUUUCCCCCAGGAGGAGUUCUAUGGCAAAGAACUGAUUCUCGCCGACAGAGAAACUGUAGAACAAGAAGCAGAUACAAUCCUGAAGGGUGCACAUCAAUGUGACGUGGCUUUUCUUGUAGUUGGAGAUCCUUUUGGGUAAGGGGAGGCAACACCUCUAAAUAUUCCUGUUACCAGGGGCAUGUUAAACCUUAACCCAGCGGUUCUCAACCUGUGGGUCCCCAGAUGUUGUUGGACUACAACUCCCAUCACCCCUGAGCUCUGGCCUUGCUAGCUAGGGGUGAUGGGAGUUGUAGUUUAACAACAUCUGGGGACCCACAGGUUGAGAAAGGCUGCCUUAACCUCUGCUUGGCUUAUGUGGCAGGGACUGACUUUCAAACAUGUUGGCUUUGAGCCCACCCAGGGUUUUGGAGAAGCAGCUAUGCUUCUUUUGAAUAUAAAAAACUGGCUGCCGCCAUCAAGGGUGGGCAGAAGGGUAUAUCGGGACCUACUGACUGAUCUUUGGGGUUUUUGCAGUGGAUCAGCAAGGGUUUCGGACUCUGAAUUGGUCUAACAAUUAUAUUACUGCCAUGCUCUGUACGUGGGGCUGCCUUUGAAGACCGUUUGGAAACUGCAGCUGAUGUAGAACUCAGCAGCCAAUUAGUUUCCGGGCUCACUUCAAAGUGCUGGUUUUGACCUAUAAAGCUUUAUACAACUCAGGACCCCAAUACCUCAAGGACCACCUCUGCCUAGGACCGUUGUCACCUGCAAGGGAGGUGCAGAGGUUAACGUGACACGAGAACAGGCCUUUUCAGUGGUGGCUCCCCCAUUGUGGAAUGCCCUCCCCAGAGAACCAUGCCUGGUACCAUCAUUAGCAACUUUUAGGCAGCAGGCCAAAGUGUUUCUUUUUACCCAGGCUUUAGAGGGUAUUGUGUAUACAGUGGUACCUCAGGUUAAGUACUUAAUUCGUUCCGGAGGUCCGUACUUAACCUGAAACUGUUCUUAACCUGAAGCACCACUUUAGCUAAUGGGGCCUCCUGCUGCCGCCACGCCGCCGGAGCCCGAUUUCUGUUCUUAUCCUGAAGCAAAGUUCUUAACCUGAAGCACUAUUUCUGGGUUAGCGGAGUGUGUAACCUGAAGCGUAUGUAACCUGAAGCGUAUGUAACCCGAGGUACCACUGUACCACUGUACCUUGUAGCCUCUUACCUAUUUUUAGUGAGGUGAGUUGUAUUAGACCUGCCUUUUUAUAUAUGCAAUGAUGUUUUUUGGAUUUGCUGUUAUAUUAUUUCGUAAGACGCUUUGGGUUACUUUCUGGGUUGUUUUUUUAAAAGUUACAAAUGUUGUUAUUGUUGUUGUUUAGUCGUAUCCGACUCUUCGUGACCCCAUGGACCAGAGCACGCCAGGCACUCCUGACUUCCACUGCCUCCCACAGCUUGGUCAAACUCAUGUUGGUAGCUUCGAGAACACUGUCCAACCAUCUCGUCCUCUGUUGUCCCCUUCUCCUUGUGCCCUCCAUCUUUCCCAACAUCAGGGUCUUUUCCAGGGAGUCUUCUCUUCUCAUGAGGUGGCCAAAGUAUUGGAGCCUCAGCUUCAGGAUCUGUCCUUCCUGUGAGCACUCAGGGCUGAUUUCCUUAAGAAUGGAUAGGUUUGAUCUUCUUGCAGUCCAUGGGACUCUCAAGAGUCUCCUCCAGCACCAUAAUUCAAAAGCAUCAAUUUUUCGGUGAUCAGUCCUCUUUAUGGUCCAGCUCUCACUUCCAUACAUCACUACUGGGAAAACCAUAGCUUUAACUUUGUCGGCAAGGUGAAUAAGUGUAGUAAUAACAGCAACAAUGACAACAGCUAAAAAACCUGCCACAUUCUAACUGAGAUUACUUUAAAAAGUAUGGGGACAGCAGGUCAGGGGGAAGAACGGUUUGAAAGGGUUUACAAACAUGCUUCUGGUCCCGAUCACAAAUUCCUCAGAGCCUCCCUUAAAUCUUUGCAUCAUAGAAUUGUAGAGACGGAAGGGACCCAAGGGUCAUCUAGCUCAACCCCAUGCAGUGCAGGAAUCUCAUCCAUGACAGGUGGUCAUCCAUCUACCCAUCCAUUCGAGCUACUUUUUUGCUCCUGGCUCCAGGUGGUGGACUUCAAAGCUCUAGCUGAAAAAAACAAAAACCCAAAUUAGGUCCCACAAGCCUGAACUCUGCCCAUCCCAAGCCUAUACAACUGAAAUUAACGCUUACAUUAGGUCUGCAAUGAACAUCUGCACCAAGUAAAAGCAACAUCUUGGCGCAAACAUCCCAUAGACUUGCACGCUCCUCCUCCCACCUCUCGCUCAAGUUUCUGCCUCUCUCCCACAGUUGCUGUAAGCAUGCUGCAACCGCGCAUUCACACUGGCUCUCACCCGAAUUUGAAACCAGGGUUUGAAAGUGGAUUUUCGACCUUUGGUUCCGAGUGAAUCCAGUGAGUGUUGACCCUUGUCUGUGCCAAGCCACAGAAGGAGAGGAGCGAGGUCAUGUUAAACCAGGGUUGCUGUCUUAUUGUGGAUUAUUCUUCACGUGCAACGGGCUGGUGCAUGCUAACCAGUGUUAGAAACUCAGAUAUAUAAGCUAGGCGCCAAAUGGCUCAUUAAACCAGGGUUACAGUCACCAAAACGGAAUGCCUGGAUGCCAUUUUUGGGUCAGAUAGCUCAAAAGUGGUAUGCUUCAAUGCAACUUUUUGGUUCCUGAAAUACAUUUUGAUUUGUGCAGUUCCCCAGACCUGCACCUCCAGAUGGUGGAGACGUCAGGCACCGUUCUGGCACCCGGGCAACUUCCCUUGGUCGCAAGUAGCAGAUAGCCAGGUGCAAAAUGCGCCUGGCAAAUUUCAAGUGCUGGAGAGGAUGCUAGCUAGCCAUGGUGCACCCCUGGUUUCCUAGCUAUGGUUAGUAGAUCAGGAAUCUCCCGUCUGCCAAAAUACGGAGCACAUCUUUCGAGUGAACAGAAGGCCUGUAUUCCUAUAUAAACUGUCCCAUCAAUAAUGAGGUGACAGCCCUAAAAUCCGUGGCAAUUGUCCAAAAAGCAAUUUGACUGGAUUUCCCCCUGCAUGGCUUUUCUUAUUCGUUGCCCAAGAUGCUCGAUUAUACUUGUUUGAAAGGCGGUUUCGGUUCAAUUAUGUUUUGCAGCUCUGAGCCAUGUGUUUGCUUUUGGUACUGCGAUGUUCCUUGCCCACUUCUCACGUAUACUGUGGACAUCUGGGUUGUGGCAAAGGCCUUAUCGGUUUGGUCUAUUAAGCCUCUUAAGUUCUGUUUUCCUAUUCCCCCUGGAAGUCACAGCCCUUUCUGUCGCCAGGAGGCCAUUCUUCUGCCCUAGCUAGUCAAGCAUCAUCAAUCUGUAAUGUCAAGCCAUACAGGAGACAAGCUUUUUGUCUCCAGCUGGUGAUUCAAAAUUAAUAUUGCCAUGUUAGCCGCGGGGGGCGGAGGGGGCUGGGAAAACGUAAUCACCGUGCACAUCAUGAGAGGGCACCCUCCUUAUAAAGAAAUGUAUGUGUCAAGCGGCGGCGGGGGGGGGGAGUAAUUAAUGUAAAUAUACCUCUAGGGAAUAUUAGGAUACCAUUUUCCUCCUCCCCUCUUUUCUAAUUGAGCUGGUACUUAACGGCAGAUGAUGCCAGGCUGAGACUAAAGUCAUUACGCCAUUCAUGGAAGUAACAAUGUUAUUAAAAUUUUGCGCCUUUGUACUGCUGCAGCAAAAAUAUUUUUUGCGUGUCAGCCCAGUGGUCAGAGAUGAUGAUGAUGAUCAUUAUUGAAUUUAUAUACCGCCCUAUACCUGGAGGUCUCAGGGCGGUUCACAGAAUAAAAUUAAGAUAUAAAACCACAAAAUACCUAAUAAAAAUGAAAACAACAACCCGAUAGCCCCCCCCAAAAAAAACACAUUUUAAAAGGGCAUAGGAUGUCAAUCAAAUCAACCAAAGGCCUGGUUAAAAAGGAACGUUUUUGCCUGGCACCUAAAAGUGUAUAAUGAAGGAGCCAGGCGAACUUCCCUGGGGAGCAUUCCACAGACGGGUAGCCACUGCAGACAAGGCCCGUUCUCGUAUUGGCACCCUCGAGGAGGAGGCACAUGAAGAAGGGCCUCAGAAGGUGAUCUCAGGGUCUGGGUAGGUUCAUAUGGAAAGAGGCAAAUCCUUGAAGUAUUGCAGUCCUGAGCAGUCCUGGGAGUUGUAGUUCAAGAACAUCUGGGAGCCGAAGUUUGAGAAAGGCUGCCAUACAAGAAUAAAUCUAUUGAAAGCUCCUUGUGCUAAGCAAUCACGGUAUCCAUUGUAUUUGAUCAACAGUUAUAAUCAACAGGAAAGUACUCUUGUUCAAAGGCCCAAAAGGACAGAAAUAGUUUGAGCUGUCGCCAGAACCUUUGCUGUCUGAUUUCAGAGAAACCCCUAUUCCAAGCUCAAGUAUAACACUAAAGAUGGUUCAACUACUAGGGGUUCCCUGGCUAAUCAUAGAAUUGUAGAGUUGGAAGUGAUGCCAGGGUUCAUCUACUCCAACCCCCUGCAAUGCAGGAAUCUCAGCUAAAGCAUCCUUGACAAUUGUGGCUCAGGGGAAGGAUAGUAGCAGGGUUUUUCAGUUUGUCUGUCUCCAUGCUGGCGCUGUGGGUUAAACCACAGAGCCUGGGACUUGCCGAUCAGAAGGUUGGCGGUUCGAAUCCCCGCGACAGGGUGAGCUCCCAUUGCUCGGCCCCUACUCCUGCCAACCUAGCAGUUCAAAAGCACAUGCAAAUGCAAGUAGAUAAAUAGGUACUGCUCCGGCGGGAAGGUAAACGGCGUUUCUGUGCACUGCUCUGGUUCGUCAGAAGCAGCUUAGUCAUGCUGGCCACAUGACCCGGAAGCUGUAUGCCGGCUCCCUUGGCCAAUAAAGCGAGAUGAGCGCCACAACCCCAGAGUUGGUCACGACUGGACCUAACGGUCAGGGGUCCCUUUACCUUUACCUAUGUCAAAAUCAUCCCCUUGAACUGGGCUUAGUGACAGAUAGUCACCGUGCCAUCUCUAAGGGUAGCUCCACACAGAGCACAUUGUGGUGGUCAAGCUGGGAUGUUCCUAAGUUUCAGGCUAAACCUUGUCCAGGAACAGCAAUAGCUGGCAGUCAGUAUUCUGGGCCACUGGGCCACCAGAGCUUCUGGUGACAAGCUAGAAUCAAGAAGUGACCACAGACCUUCUAUGGGAAAAGCUGUAAAUCCAGUUCCCUUUGUCUAGUGUCUAAAAACUCCAAGUGACACAAAAUGUUAGGAAAGGAGUGGGGUUUAGGCAGAGAGAGACUUUCUGGGGCGCUUUUGGAAAUUCAGUGCCUGUGGCUGGAAGAGGGCUGCUUAAUCAUGCUCCCCCACCAGAUGCUGUUUCUGUUCCCUGCUCACCUCCAUGGAAUGAGCAGCACUGAACUAAGACACCUUGGGGAAAAGAGGGCAGCUGAAGCCAUUGUUCAGCUUUGCGUUUCUUAUUUAAAUGCAUUUCCACACCCGGCUGCCUAAUGCAGUGAAUAUGAUUGAUGAAUACUUGAGCAGCAACAUUUACAAAGUCGGGGCUUUCAGGAAUUGUAGAUGCUGCAGGAGAGGUUAUGUUUUGGCAGCUAUCUUUGGAUGGGUCUGCCUUGCAAACAUCACCACCCCACAAAAUAGUUCAGAUAAGGGCAGGCCAUAUAGAUUCAGACGACCCUUUUGAGCAAAAGUGAGGAUGGCAAUCUGCUUUCAACAGGGGAUGCCCAUCAAUCUCUUCCUUAAUUUGCAUGCUGUUUGUCCACUCUAGUACUCUUCCCUUGACUUUGCCCAACCAUUUGUUUCUGUACUAAAGAGAGUGGAUUUUUUUAAGGAAAAAUAAAAAGUUAGAAGUCUGUCUGGCAUAUACAGUACAGAUCUAGCACUCCUGAGGGGUGACAAUCCAUCUUUCCCGAAGUUCUCCUCAAUAGCAAAUGGGAACAGUUAGAAAACAAAACCCCUUUGGCAUACUGGUGCAAGUUUAGAGCAUGCAUGCAAAGUUUCUCGUUUACAAUUGCACAACGGCCCGUUUGCACAGUAAUUAAGAAGAGGAUGGGAGUUUUGCCAGUGCUGCUCUGCCUGCUGAUGUUUGCCAGUCAGCAAGAUGCUCUGCAGUCUUCUGUGAGAGGCAAAAAAGAAGGGGAGGUCUAACUAGCAGGCAAAACUGCGUUAUUACAGCGUUAUUCAAGUUAAACUGCAAAAAAAGCUGCCUCCUUCACUUUCCGCAUGGUUACAUUGCUAAAGUGUCUUCAGUGCAAACUUAGAACCUGCCCCUGCUCUUAACUCAUUGUACUUGUGGUCCUGAGCUGUUUAAGGCUUCAUAGGUCAAAAAGUGUACAGAUUCACCCUCAGGAUCUUUGCUUGUUUGUGUAUGAUGCAUUAUGUGUCUUUCGCAAAGGACGAAACAGGAGAACCAAGCUUGAGGUGCUGAAAAAAGAGGAAUGCACUUAAUUGGAGAAAAUUAAAAGUGUGCUUCUUUUCCUCCAGCACUUUGAGUUCUAUCUAUCAUCUAUCUAUCUAUCUAUCUAUCUAUCUAUCUAUCUAUCUAUCUAUCUUUCCUGUGCUUCCUAUAUGUUUACAGACACUUAUUUGAGUAUCUGUGAGAAGUUUGGUAGAAGCAGCACAUUUUUUUUCAGCCAGAACUCACUGGAACUCCGUUAUGGCACCUCUCAGGUGGGCGCAAUUGCCGUUCUAAGAUAACUCACUCAUGGUGAGUUCCAGCACCUCUUUUUCAAGAAAAAGAGAACUGGGUAGAAGUACAGUGGUACCUCGGGUUAAGAACUUAAUUCGUUCUGGUCCAUUCUUAACCUGAAACUGUUCUUAACCUGAGGUACCACUUUAGCUAAUGGGGCCUCCCGCUGCUGCUGUGGCGCAAUUUCUUGUUCUCAUCCUGAAGCAAAGUACAAUUUCUUGGGUUAGCAAAGUCUGUAACCUGAAGCAUCUGUAACCUGAAGCAUCUGUUACCCAAGGUACCACUGUAUUCUUAAACCGCCUCCCCACACAUAAUAGACACACACACACACACACACACACACACACACACACAGUGCUCUUCAGAUGUUUUGUUGGACUACAACUCCCAUCAUCCCUGCCCAUCGGUCAGUACUGGCUGGGGGCUGAUAGGAAUUUGGGAAUCCAAGGAACGUUUGGAGGGCACCAGGUUGUGGAAGGCUGUUUUAAGACAGUGAGGCCCAGUUCAGGCCCUCUGUACACCCCAUAUAACCCGCUUCCUCCUUACUGCAGGGCGACAACACACAGUGACCUCGUCCUCCGGGCGGUGAAGUUGGGAGUGCCCUACAGAGUCAUCCACAAUGCCUCCAUACUCAACGCCGUCGGCUGUUGCGGCCUCCAGGUAACACCUCUCGUGCACGUGGCGUUCCGGCAGCGGGAAACCACAACUCUGUUUACUUCUCCAAAUGGGUUUCUCAGAGCGCAGGCUUGAGGCACGCCUUCCAAUCUGUAGGAAACAGCUGUGAGGAGUUGCACACUUUGUGGCCAGACUUUCUGUGGCGUUUCCUUUCUCUUUCUCUCCUUUUUUAUAAAACAGCAUGAUGUAACUGAGCUUCUAAGAAGUAAAAGCUUUCUGAAUGGGGGCAAUGCUGUUCUUGAUGCCCUGGAAACAGGGUGGAUAAAUAUCAAUGGCUUUUAAAAAAAAAAGUCAGAUUUUUUAAACUUUAAAUCAGAUUUUUAAAAUACAGUGGUACCCGGGUUACGUUACCUUUGAGUAACGUAAUUUCGGGUUGCAAACGCGGCAAACCCGGAUGUGCGGUUUCGCCAUGCGCAGAAGCGCUCUUCACGCAUACACAGAAGUGCUCUAUUGCGCUUUGCACAUGCGCAGAAGCGGUGUCUCUGGAUACCGACUUUUCAGGGUAAGUACGGACCCCCGGGAGGAAUUAAGUUCGUAUCCGGAGGGUCCACUGUAAAAUGCUUUUGAAGGAAAAAUCUUUCGAAAGAUAGUUUUCUAUUUAAGUUACAGUAUAGUCCAAAGGCUAUUCAUCAGGAAAUAAGGAUUUAUUUUGAGUUUUGCAUGUGUGUUAAAACUCAGUCUGGUAUUGUUUUAACAAAAAAUUGUUUAACCACAUCAGUUAACAAAUAUGGAUACAUAUGCCAUGAUGUUAUUAUUUAAUUAAAUAAAUUGUUUAAAUUGUUAUUAAGGAAAUGAUUAUUUUUCUCUUUCCAAUAAAGUACAGCAGAAAAGUUGUCCAAAUAUAAACACCUGUCUAUGUAUUUCUAAUAGUAUAACCAAAUCAGUAAUUUUUGAUAUAACUGUAAAAACUACUCUGAAAAUUUAUUAUUCCAAAAAUGAAACCUUCAUCUGGUUGUAAAUAUUAAGAUUAUACCAGCAAGAAUGAGUCUCUCUGUAAUUUUUUUUUAUUUAAAUCAAGUCUUACUGACUAGUGAUUUAAAUCAUGAUUUAAAUCACAUCUACACUCCCCAGAAGCAAAUAUUGGAGAGGCUAAGAGAGGUUCUCCGCACUGGGUGUCAUGAAGCUGGGGAAGGGGAAGGGGAAGGGGAAGGGGAAGAAGAAGAAGAAGAAGAAGAAGAAGAAGAAGAAGAAGAAGAAGAAGAAGAAGAAGAAGAAGAAUUUAUUUGUAUAGUUGCAUCUGGGGCUGGAGCUAAGAAACAGCUGAGCCUCAGGUACACAUACGAGCCACAAAGGGUGGGUUUAUUGCACUUUUCAUCCUUAGAAGGCGAUUUCCACUACGUUUCAGAUAAAGGAAAGGGAAGGUUCCAUGUCACAUAGCACCAAACUAAAUUGCCACAAGAGACAUGGCAAUGGUCCCCAGGGAAGGUAGCUUGUAAAGUGGGCUUAGACCAUUGGAGAAAUCCACAGAGGGAUGGGUCUGUCAACGGCUCCUAGCCCUUCCCCCUAAAUGGAGCCUCCAUUAUCAGUGACAGUAUACCUACGAGUGUCAGAUGCCGGGGACAAAUUUGAUUUGUAUCAGUGGAUUUGACUUGUGCCGAUAUAUUUGAAACAACAAAAGUUAGGGGCGCUUUCUUAAACGAUAGGAAUUUGAUGUUCAUAAAAUAAGGGCUGACUUCCUUUUUUGCAUUUUAGUUUAAGUCUGAUUUCGUCGAUGCAAAAGACUCCUGCUCCAUUAGUCUGGCCUUGGUUACUGAAAAACAGGAAACACCUUUGUAGGUUUUUUUUUCUUCUUUUUAAAGAAGAGGAGCUUAAGCUGAUGGCUUGCGUCUGUUUGGGAAGGCUGCAGCCGAGUGGCUCUCUAAGCUACAUGCGUUUAGAGUUCAAACUCAUCACAAUGGGGCCUGGCUGAAUAAUGUUCAGGAGUGACGGAGAAUUCUGUGGACUGAGCAUUGGAGCAUGGGCUUCUUUCUGUCUCGUGAUUUUUAAAACCACUUUCAUUGACCCAGAGCAAAGGAACUGAUAGCUGUACGCUUUGGCAGACUGUGAUCAAGUCUGGGAUUCAGCAAAAGACAACAGGGGGCGGGGAGACCUUUGACCUAAAUAGGAAAAUACUCAAAAGUUAAAAUACUCAAGCCGAGUAUGAAUCAAAGGGUUAAACGUUGCCUAUUGACUUUUCCCCUUAUUUGGAGUAAUGCAGUGGUCAGCUGACAGUAAUUCCUGGUUGUAUUUUGAGCAAAUUCCCACCCGUCCCCGCAAGUUACUGGCAGGGCUAUUUUGGUUGUGAAAUGCAAAAUCUGGAUUUCUCAUUCUCUUUCUGGAUUACCCAAGUGUUGUAUUUGAAGAGGACGCCUUGUGUAAUAUUCCAAGAAUCAUUGACUGAGCAAGAACCAUUGACCAAGGGGCAGGGACGUCGCUGGACCAAUGGUGUAUAAGAUAAACCUUCUAACUUAGCCGCGUGGGGUGAUAGGCAACCUCUGAAUGGGGACAGGUUCCCCAUUGCUGCCCGCUCAACCAACAAGCCUCAUCUAUGAAAGAGCCACAGGACUGACAUGUGACACGCUCUGCUGAAUAAAAUUUGAGGAUGCGUCAAGAUAAAAAAAAGUAAAACAAAAUAAAACACAUUAAAAACUACACAUAAAAAUAUACAUAAGGGACCAAAAAUAGUUAAAAUGUUUUCAGAAACAAAACUAAAAAUAGGAGAAAUAUAUGACUUCAGAAACUCAGCAGGCAUUAGCUGAGAUAAAUUCCAAAUCCCUUUUCAUGAGACUGUAAGCCACGGGUCCCAAACUUUUUUCAAAGAGGGCCAGAUUAUUUUAUGAUUUGAGGGCCAACCAAAGUUGUUAAGCUUUUUUUAGGAUUGAAGUUGUUGAGCUUCUUUUACAAUUUUACCCCAAAGUUGUUGAGGUAGAUAGAAACUUUAUUUGCAUUAGCCGAUGGCCAUAGCAAUGACAAAACAUUACAAUAUACACAGCAAAAAUGAAAUUUAGUAUAAAAGCACAGUUUAGGGUCCGGAAUCAACAGUCAGAUAGUGGCCCUUCAAAGUUCUUGAGCUUUUUAAAGGAUUUUACCCCAGAACAUAUACUGCCACGAGGCCUCCAAAACGGACUUUGGCCAUGCCUGCUAUAAGCCUUUGCAGCAAAAGAGACUAUCUUCUGAGCCUUGUAAUAAAAAUCAUAUUUUUUUCUUUCAUUUUCCAACACUUCAAUUUCUUUAAACAUUCCCCCCCCCCCCCCGCCCGGCUUCAAGAUCUUGGACCCAACAAUUUAAGAAUAAUGCACUGAAAUCAGUUGCUGCCCAUAAAGUUUGCAUUCAAGAAUAUAACCAGUGUUGCUCCUUCGGAAAUACAUAAUUUGCCUGGAGCUGGUAUGCUCCCAAAUCUCUCCAUUAGUUCCAACUGUUCAAAACAGAAUUGAGAACAAACUUUCUUGUAUUCUGUUUUCAAGGGAAUGCUUCUGGCUACAUUUCCAAAUGAAUUCAGCCCCUGCACCGAGAAUCCAUAAUGCAGUAAUACAUCAGAAAUUUUUUGAAACUAGAAACUGUCCAGCGCUAGCACCAUCUGUUCCUCAGACACACAAAGAUCUGCCUUAUCUUCAUCUAUAUGAAUUAUUCUGCACCAGCGAUUCAGCAUCCUAAUCUGUAUUAAGCCCAGGACGGUGUCAGAACCUAACUGUGCCCUAAUUAAAUAAGCAGGAGUAGCUUUGAAUAUCCCUGAAAUCAUACAUAGAAAAACGGGCUUUCAACUCUUUCGACUAAGGUGAUAUUUACAAAGCAAAACUCAGCAUCCUUGGGAGUAAAAGACUCCUUUUGGAAUUUGAGAAGGAUACAAGUAGUUAGAUUCAAAAGCACCCUGUUUUUAAAAAUAUAAGCAACUCAAAAACCAGCAUGAAAAAGUGAGGGAGCAAAAUGUUGUUCUCUCCACAUCCAUGUCAAACCAUUGCAAGGUUCAACUUGGAAUUCCAAAAGGAGCAUUUUACUCUGAAAAAUAUUGACUUACAAGAAAAAAAAGUUUUACAUCAGAGAUCACUGGAUCCUGUUUUGUUUUCUUUGAGGCGCUUUCCCUGGUUUUUUCUUUCUUUCAAUGUUUACAAAGCCCCAAAUGUCUCCACCAAAAAGUGCAAGUUUUUCUUAGAACAAAACCCCUCACCCAUUAAAACUAGUCUUAUUGAUCCCAGGCACCUAAGACUUUCUUUAAGACUUGUACACAAACAGCUACUUUAAAUUUAUUUUGUGAAAUGUGCAAGGUCGUAGGAUCCUGAAGGCAGGGGAAAACUACCUCAAAAUAUCAGUUAUGAUUUAUCUUUGUCCGUUCUGUUUGUGUACCAUUUUCCUCUGCUAUUUUGGAUUGGGCACUGUUCACAACCCGCUCAUUUUCUUUUGAAUCCCUUUUGUAAACGUUUCGUGCCAGCUUGUGAUGUUGAAAAUAAUUUAUUUUUAAAAAGUGUGUUUACCAUCCUAUUUGGAAUCUUGAAACACAGGGCUUUAGGUACAACUUGAACUCACGUUGGAACAAGCAUCUCACUCACACACACACACAUACACUGUGGCAGCUCAUUUAUCUUCUGCAGAGGUGUGGGGGAAUAAUUUUAAGUUGUUGGUGAAUCUUGCAUUUAACUAUCAAGCAACCGCUGAUUUUUAUCUUUUAAAAAAAGUUUUAUCAGCCUCGCCGCCACUUCAGCCUACAGUGUGACACUCCUCGGGGGCAUUGUAGUUUUUAAUUUGUCAAUCCUUUUAUCGUUAUUAUGAGCCACUUUUGAAUUCAACUUGGAAAAGCAGGUAGCCGUCUCUCCCAGCCCCAUCUGGAGAUACCAAACACUGAGAUUUGGCCCUUCCCAUCAAAAUCUCUCGAUGUUGCACAUCGCAUAACGCCAUGUUAAGUCUUGUGUCUAUAGUUUUUAUUCUGAUAGGUGUCUUUCUCAUUAUCAUCUCCCCACCUCUCCCUCUUUUCAUGGCAGCUCUACAAUUUCGGAGAAGUUGUGUCUGUCGUUUUCUGGACCGAUACGUGGAAGCCCGAGAGCUUUUACGACAAAAUAGCCAAAAACAGAAGAAACGGCAUGCACACCCUCUGCUUGCUUGGUAAGGACCACAUCCUCUUUUUUAAAAAAUAUUUUUAUUCAGUUUUAUAUUUAAUAUUUACAUUAGUAUAUAAAUCAUAAUCAUGUACAGUCAUACCUUGUGUUGCGUUCCGCUCUUCUUACGGACUUUCAGCUUACGAAUGCAGCAAACCCGCAAGUGUUUAGUUCCGGGUUCACCGCACGCGCAGAAGCGAUCGCGCCACGCACAUGCGCAGAAAAGGCGCUCUAGUUGCGAACUUUUCAGGGUGCGAAUGGCACCCCGAAACAGAUUAAGUCCACAACUAGCGGUACCACUGUACAAAUAGGAUUUUCUGAAUCCCAGACUUCCCUCUACCCCUCCAUGGGUUCCAUGGUUAUUCUCUUUCAACGGCAUUGUAUAAUGUCCUCCAUUUUUCCUUAAUAGUCAAUUGUUACCAUAGUUCUUGUUACAUCGCAAGUUUUGUUAAAAUCCUGCCAAUGUUUUUAAUUGUUUACAGUGUGCUUCAAAAUAAGUUACAAAUUUUCCCCGUUCUUUAUUAAAUUUGAUAUCUUCUUGGUUUCUGAUCUUCCCGGUCAUUUUCACCAUUUCAGCAGAGUCCAUCAUUUUUGUUAACCAUUCUUCUCUGGUAGGGACUUUGUCUUCCUUCCAUUUCUGGGACAGAAGUAUCCUUGCAGCUGUUGUUGCGUACAUAAACAGUUUUUUCUGCUCCUUCAGUAUUCCUGAACCGAAAAUUCCUAGUAAAAAAGGCUUCUGGUUUUUCCCCACAAAAGUUAUUUUAAACAUUUUUUUUCAACUCAUUAUAAAUCAUUUCCCAAUAUGCUUUCAUUCUCUUGCACGUCCACCACAUGUGGUAGACAGGGCCGGAUUUCGGUUUGAUGAGUCCCUACGUUACUGAAGAUAAUGGGGCCCUUUAUAUGUUGCUGUUUUUUGUGUUGAAUAUAUGCUAUAUGGUAAUUUAUGGACCUAACAGGUAUCUCAAGCCAUUUGCACAUGUUGCCAGCCAACCAAUCCAUGCAGAAUGUAGGCACCCUGUAUAUAGAAAUGAGCAAACCAGUGAUAUUUUAGGAAACAGGCUAGCAGGUGCGGCCCAUUACUUACAUCUCAGGAGCCUACACAACACAAAACACUGUUGCUGUAUGUAGGUUUUAUUUUAUUUGUUUUUUCUCUUCUAUUUUGGAAAUGUACAUCCAGGUGUUUUUUCCCCUUUAAAUUUUUUGGGACCCCCAAGAGAGUGGGACCCUAAGCUGUAGCUUGUUUAGCUUAUACGUAAAUCCGGCACUGGUGGUAGAAUGUGCCUUCUUUUUCUUUACACUUCCAACAAAUAUUUGUAGCUGCUCUGUGCAUUUUUGCUAAUUUAGUAAGAGAAGGACCACUUCCUUAUAGCACACUUAACCAGCCGGCGUUAUUUAGAAUGCUCAGUAGCUGAGCAGCUGUUGAACAUAAGAUGAGUCUGCUGGAUUUAGAGCAUCUUCCCCUCCUUUAGCUUCCAGCAACUGGCAUUCAGAAGCAUCACUGCCUCCAGCCUUUGAGGCAGAGCAUUGAUAGUAGCCAUGGAUCGCUUUCUCCUCCAUGAUAGCCUCUGCCCUUGCUGUCCAAACACAGAAGCGACAGCAUCAAACCGUAGACUCAAAAGUUCUCCGCCUUACGCAUCCUCUGCCUUUUUUCUUACCUGCAGCAAUUGCAUCUUUAAGAAAUAGCAAGCUGAGCAAAACCCCCAAACCCUUCCCUGGACAUAGGAAAAUAGCAUGUCAUGGAGCUGAGCCUCUGCCUUGUUGCUGUGGUUUUCUUCUAUGUACAGGUUUUUGUGCUUUUUCUCCUUCAGGAGACAUCUAUCCCAACCCCACGCUCACAGCCCAAAGGUAAAACAGUCCAGCAGAAGUUUUUAACGGUAGAUUCUGCUGAAAACUGGUCCUUACCCCGGUGAUCAUUUAGUUGUCUGUUAACACUGAGAAAAGGAAAUGAGCCCUGCCCAUGCCAUCAGCUUCCUGGCUUUGAGGUCUUAAGUUGCAAUCAUCAUCCAGCGAAAAGGAAGUUUUAGCAAGUUCAUUUCUUUACUAGGACCGCCAGGAUUUUUACUGUGUCUUUUGCAGCAGUUCCAACAGAAGGAAAUUAAGCUUUUCCUGGCAUGAGGAGAAACGGGGGGGAAGUUUCAUAGCAUAAGCGGUUGUGUUCCACGCUACUCUUAAAAGCAGGAGAGCUUGAUCAGUAGAAACAGGAGGCGAUCCGACAGUCUCUGCACUGGGGCAGGAUUUAUUUUAAUCAUACAGAGCUUUUCAGACUAAAUCCAGCCUUGCAUGAAACCCUCCAGUGUGCGAGAGAGGGAGAGAUUAUACAGAUGCAUUCAAUCACAUAAGGAAUUUUGAUCAGGAUGGAAAUCAGACUGAUGCAAUUUGCAAGCAAUUAGAUCAUUCCGUGCUGUUUAGAUAUUGAGGUUUAUCAGGGAGAAUUGAGUUUCUUCCGACUGGCAGGAUCCUUGAUUGCAGCCUGAACGGAACUAUUCUCCCAGUGCUAAAGCAGGUUUUCUAUGAGUUUACAGGACACUCCAGACACUUUAUGGGUCAUAACUGUUUACUGGGGUUCCUACAAGCAUAGACCACCCCUGUGGCUUCCACUGCUCUCCUUGAUUACAAUCCAGGAUCCCUAAACCUCCCAAGUCAAAAGGUGAUUUCCAUGUGCGCACCGGAAAGAGCUAAAUUUUGCCAGCAUAUAGGUAAAGGUAAAGGUACCCCUGGCUAUUAGGUCCAGUCGCGGACAACUCUGGGGUUGCGGCGCUCAUCUCACUCUAUAGGCCGAGGGAGCCAGCAUUUGUCUGCAGACAGCUUCUGGGUCAUGCGGCCAGCAUGACUAAGCCACUUCUGGUGAACCAGAGCAGUGCACGGAAAUGCAGUUUACCUUCCCGCCGGAGCGGUACCUAUUUAUCUACUUGCACUGUUACAUGCUUUCAAACUGCUAGGUGGGCAGGAGCUGGGACCGAACAACAGGAGCUCAUCCCGUCGCGGGGAUUUGAACCGCUGACCUUCUGAUCGGCAAGCUCUAGGCUCUGUGGUUUAGACCACAGCGCCACCCACAUACAAUAUACACAGCGCCAGCAUAUAGUAAGUUUAUAAAUCAAGUCAGAACAUGCAUGCAGAAGUUUCAUACAUUCCUGGAAUUGGUGCCUGGAAGCUGUCUGUACAUCAGGACUUGAUUGUAAAUCUUCUCUGACUGUUGAAAUGUAUGAAAACCUAUACGGUGGGGAUUUUGGAAUGCAUUUUAGAAAGAAGUGGAUUUCAUAGGUGUUAAAUGCUCCCAGCCACCAGUGUGAAAUGUCAACAUGGCCUCACCUUAAUCUGUCUAUUUCUCAUUUCAUUGAUCCUUUCUCUCCCCUCCAUUCUUUAAGAACUGCAAAAAGGGAGAGUUGACAAGCAAGCAUUACUGUGGGUUGUUUUUUUUAAUUACCUGCUGACUUUUUCAAAUAAAUGAUGCAAAAAAAUCUUACAACAUUCAAGUUAGGGCUUCUUCUGCUCCCCUCUUUCUGUUCCUGCGUUUCUUUGUCUCUACCACAAUUCUGCACUGUCAAGUGACUGGUUAUUGAAGGAGACAUUCCGGCCGUUGGUUUAAAUAUUAAAAUGUACUUAAUUGAGGAGCGGGUGGAAAGUGUGUUUGCUGGAUACAGAUUAAAUCAAAACUGCAAUUGACUGAAUGAAAUGAAAUUGCCACUGUGUAUAAAUGGCAGGAGAAAGAUUAUGAUGCUAGCUCACUUCCCAUAGAGAGAGGGUAGAAGGAAAGGUCUAUUGAUAUUGGCAUUCAUAGCAAUAAAUUGCAGGUAUGCUCAUAGAAAGCGCCAUGGUGUUCAGCCAUUGGUGGUGGUGAGAACAUGUCAGAGAAGGCCAUGGAUCAACAAGAUCCUAAGUAAGUUGUGGGCGAUAUAUCAAUACUUUGUCUCUUACCAGUAUGGACUCCAGACCGAGACAAAGGUUUCAUAUUUUGUCACCCUGUAAUAUAUCGAGAAUGCACUGCCCAGCUGGCCUCGCAGACCCGGCAGGCAGGAAACAGCACUUUGCUGCAAAGCAAAGCCUUUACUGCAAAGUAAAUGGCCACUUCCUGCCUGCCGAUCUGCAAGACAUAAGCUCCUGUCGCCUCUCAGCUGGCAUUGCAGAGUAAAGAGGCAGCUGGAGAAAUCCCUUUAGCGCACAGCGCUUGUGGGAUCAAGAACUAGGCUUGGGAAGUCAGAUUCUCAUCAAGAUGUGGACGCUCUUGUGUUCAACCGUGCAUGCUGGGGCAACUAGAGCGGGGCAAUUGUGAACAUACAAUUAUAGAAGGUACUAAGAAACUUCCAUAAAGAAGGCUGAUCGCCGAAGAAUUGAUGCUUUUGAAUUAUGGUGCUGGAGGAGACUCUUGAGAGUCCCAUGGACUGCAAGAAGAUCAAACCUAUCCAUUCUUAAGGAAAUCAGCCCUGAGUGCUCACUGAAAGGACAGAUCCUGAAGCUGAGGCUCCAGUACUUUGGCCACCUCAUGAGAAGAGAAGACUGCCUGGAAAAGACCCUGAUGUUGGGAAAGAUGGAGGGCACAAGGAGAAGGGGACGACAGAGGAUGAGAUGGCUGGAGAGUGUUCUCAAAGCUACCAGCAUGAGUUGACCAAACUGCGGGAGGCAGUGGAAGACGGGAGUGCCUGGUGUGCUCUGGUCCAUGGGGUCACGAAGAGUUGGACACGACUAAACAACAACUAAGAAACUUCAGUAGCAGAAGAAGAGAUGUGGCUGGAAGAAAUUGCUUUGGCUGUAGCUUCUAUCUAUAAAGUAGUGUGAAGUAACUGUCCUGUCAGUGCAAGGAUUUCUCCUUGUUCCAUGGGGCUUCACCCCUUCUCUCCACCCCUACAUGUCUCCUAGAUCCAUCCUGUGCAUUUCCCAAGUCUCCAGAGCAUAUUUGGGAAUGAUGGAGGGGGAGGAGAAGAGAGGAAAGUCCCACUGCACAAGCAGAAAGCCUUGAGCUGACAGGACUACGGAGUUGGAUACCCAUUCAUUUGCAGUGGGUCUGCUCUGACUAUGGCUUAGUUAGAUGUCACUCCCUGACUGUUAGCAUUUACAAUUUGGCUGCUUCUUCUCUUAACCAUCGCCUUUGUCUUGAAUUUUGUUGGGACUUGCAUGCCUUCUCCUGUGUAUUGCGUCUGUUCUGUUCUUGUUUGUGUACAACUUGAAGGUUUGCAUUGGGCGAAAGAUGUAAAAUGAAGCAGAAAUUCUAGGUAGGAAAUCGAGACUGCAAAAGCUAGGAAACACAUUGGGUUGUAUCAAGCCAAGUCAUACUCGGCAUAAGCCCACUGAAAUCAAUGAACAUGAACCAUAGCCGUUGCAACUCAUCAGGAGAAAAGGCAGUGAUAGAAAUAGUGACAAUAAUCUGCCGCACGAUGUUUCAAAGCCCUAACAAAAAUUGGAUUUGUUAUUUGAGAUGGUUUACCGAGAUCUGAAUACUUCUAAGCUUAGGGAACUUUAUGGAAAGACAAGAGGCACAGCUGCAUAUUUAAAUAUACAAGAGAAUGAGUUAGCGCUCAAUCAAGAUGAAAUGAGCUCAUCUUACCAAAAUCUGCAGUCCACCUAAUUCAAUAGGAAAAGGUGACUAAUGUGGUUGAAGGCUUGCCAUGAGUCUUUUUGGGUUAUUUGAUUGGAGACAGGAAGGCACAACUAAUGGGGCUGCUUGCAUGUCCAGGCCCCUGGGUUUCUGCCCAUAGCUCAUUCAUGCCGCUCUAACUUAAUAGACGUUCAGUUUCAAAAAGUUUCAUCUCCUCAGUGAAGCACGAUACAAAACAUAGUUUUCCACUUAGAAGACAGCGAGAGGAAACGCCUUCGUUGAUCUCGUCCGUUCUAACCCCAAAUAUGCUCAUGUAGCAGUAAGUCUGCCCUAAAAAAUCAACAGAGCUUGUUUCUUGGCUGCAGUCACAGUUUUAACUUCCUACAGCUGAUGUGUAUUUAAGAGAGUUCAAUUAAAGGAUGCUGUGUCACUUUCCACAAGAAGAAAAACCAUUGCAAUGAAUUAUGUAUAAUAGAUAGUGUCUUAAACAUAGUCUUAUAUGUUAAUAGUGAACUCAGUCUGCGGGUACCUAACACCGGAACCUGCCUUACACUGCAUCACAACAGUGGCUCGUUUAGCUGAGCCACACUGGCUGGCUGGAGGGUUUCAGGCAGCAGUUCCCUGCCAACUUGUCCUGGAGAUGCCAAAGAUUGACCCUGGGAGAUUUCUCAUGCAAGAUGGAUGCUGUACCACUGAGCUGCAGACUUCUCCAUGCGUCUCCAAAUUAGGACCAUCCAAGCAUACCAGCCAAGCUAGAUCAGGAACAAUUAAGAGGCUUGGGGCUGCUUGGGAUUUGCAGAACUACAGAGAGCCUUUGGGGGAGAGAGAGAAACCUAAAAACAGCCCUGGAAUGAUGGCUGAAUGAGUAUCACAGGGGGAAAUGGAAUGAUGACUGGCUGGCACAGUCAACAUGAAGAAGAAGAAGAGUUUGGAUUUGAUAUCCCGCCUUUCACUCCCCUUCAGGAGUCUCAAAGCGGCUAACAUUCUCCUUUCCCUUCCUCCCCCACAACAAACACUCUGUGAGGUGAGUGGGGCUGAGAGACUUCAGAGAAGUGUGACUAGCCCAAGGUCACCCAGCAGCUGCAUGUGGAGGAGCAGAGACGCGAACCGGUUCCCCAGAUUACGAGACUACCACUCUUAACGACUACACCACACUGGCUCUCUGGGUGUGCAUGAAAGAGAGAUAUCUUUCUUAUAUCAAACGCAGCUCAAUAAAAAAAAGUUCUCCGUCUUAAUGCCUGUGAAAGUAAUACACAGGCAAUUGACUUAAAGUGUAUGUCCCGUUUUGUUUCCCUGCAGACAUUAAAGUCAAGGAACAGUCACUGGAGAAUCUCAUGAAGUAAGUUGUUUCUUCAAAAGUGUGUGGUCUGCAACUGAUAAUUCACAGCUUAGUGCUGGCAUGUAAGUGAAACGCAUACUAAAACCACGGUAUAGAGAAAUAUUUUCUCCAUGUUUCAAUUUAAGGUGUGGUUGGGUGAGGGGGAGGGACCCAGUAGACCUCAAACUGUUACUGGACUCCCAACUCCCAUUCAGCACCAACCCAGCAUGGAUAAUGGGCCCCCACCCUUGAGUUAAAAGGACCGAUCAGCUGCCGUACUAAUCACAUUUUAGGCCAUCCGGCUUGCUCUCUUAACUAAGAAUUGGAGCUGGUUUAGGAAUCCUGCUUAAACGGUGAACAUGAAUGGUGAACACGGGUUCCAAAAUAUCACUGUAGACUUAAGGAGGAAGUGCCCUCUCCUGGCACCCAGUUUGGUUUUGUCUGCAGUCCGUCCCACAGGAUGAAGCGAUGUGCUUGAGGCAGCACUGGGAUAGGUGAAGGCAGGAACCGGCGUCUGAAUGAUGCAAAGCAACUCUUCGUGCUAGCACUGCCUGUCAAUAUAGAUAACGCUUAGAGGGAUCAGCGGUCUGAGUCAGUGUAAGCAGCUUCCGGUGUUUCUGUUGCAGGAUGGGGCUCAUGUGGCAAAGCAGCGGUGAUGGUUGUCUUGGUGUCUUUUAGCACCUAAUGAAUAAUUUUUUAAGGUGGGGCGAAGCUCAUGGUUUAAUAAGUCUGUUCAGUUUCUCAGGUUCCAUAUGCACCCUGUAUCUCCAGUAAUAAGUGCCCAGAGUUAGGCUAGCUAGCUAUGACCCCUAGUAAUUUCAUCUGUGAUACAGUGGCACCUUGGUUCUUGAACAAAAUCCAUUCCAGAACCCUGUUUGGCUUCUGAAAUGUUCGAAAACUGAGGCGCGGGUUCCCAUUGGUUGCAAGAGCUUUUUGUACUCAGCGGAAGUCGUGUCGAAUGUUUGGGUUCUGGAAAACAUUCAAAAACCAGAACACUUACUUCCGGGUUUUUGGCGUUUGGGAGUUGAAACGUACGAUAACAGAGGUGUUCAGGAACCAAGGUUUGACUAGUUUCGUUUUUCUCCUGAUCGCUCAGUAUAUCUAAUCUAGGAGAGAUCAGUCGAGUCAGCUUCCUUCUUCCUCACCACUGGAACUAUUGAUCACCUCCAGACACGUCCUCACUUUGGUCUAGAUUCACAUCCACAGAGUCCGACAAUCUCUGGUGGAAAUUUACCUUGGAACUUCUUCCUAAGCUUUGCUCUUGCCAACUCCAGGGCUGGCAAACUUUGCAGAAAACAACCCUUUGAGAGCUGGCUUUGGGGUCUAUAAUUAUGUAACUAUACAGUAUAUGGUAGAAAAACACAGGCUUCCCUUCCAAUUUGGCACGGAUAGCGUGCUCUCUGAUGUAUCUCAGCAGUUACAGUAGAUUAGCAGGGGUCUCAAAAUAUACGUGACUUGUGAUUGUGCCGGGGAGGCAGCGCAACAUGUGGCACCUCUCAGAUGCGGAGAGCAUUUCCAGUUUACUCAUGUAGGCUCUAAUUCCUAGCUUGAAAGCUUCAAAACAGCCACGCAGUGGCUCUGAUUCACAGCACACGCACAGAGGAGACUUUCAUCAACACCGACCGACUUAAUUGUCGGUAGACGCUUCUUCUGCAAGCCGGCAGUUCUGGGAUGCUGACGCCACAAAAAGAGCCUGCUAGUAGUGUCUGCUGUUCCUGUGGCUGUAACAUACACCUGGAUUCGGCUGUUUAAAAACUUGGAAGUGUUUGCUUUAUGUCUCCAGCUGAUCAGAGGGCAGCGCGUAUAACACUCGCCUGCUUCUCAUCAGCAACUGCCCGUAGACCUCCUUUUCUCGGUGUAUUCCUUGCCAAAAACAUGAUGGAUAAGACAAAACAUGCACAGGCUUCUAGCGAGGGUCUAAACUAAAUGGGCCUCUACCCUCAUACCUACGGGACCGCCUCUCCUGGUAUGUCCCACGGAGAGCCUCAAGGUCCAUAAACAGCAACACCCUAGUGGUCCCGGGCCCUAAGGAAGUUAGAUUAGCCUCAACCAGAGCCAGGGCCUUUUCAACACUGCCUCCGGCCUGGUGGAACACUCUGCCUCAUGAGACCAGGGCCCUGCAGGAUCUGAUUUCUUUCCGCAGGGCCUGUAAGACAGAGUUGUUCCGCCUGUCCCCUCUUUCUUUUUUCUUUUUCCUUUCUCCUGAGGCUGCAUUUUAAUAUUUUAAUGUUUCAAUAUUUUAAUGUUGUAUUUUAAUCUUGUUUUUAAGUUGUAUUCAUUCAACUUAUUUUUAUUAUUGCUUGUUAGCCGCCCUGAGCCCGGCCUUGGCUGGGGAGGGCGGGGUAUAAAUAAAAAUUAUUUGAGAGCCAUUUGGCUGCCUGCCCCUCUUAAGAGCUUCCAGAGAGUGAAUGUGAGACCUUGGUUUGAUGCGACAAAGAGAGUUUUAUCUUGAAGCUUAACCAUUUUGGGCAAGCCGUGUUAAAUUCAGCUUGGCUUUACUGUACACGGACCCCACUACUUGACUGGGAUACAGGGGGGACAGUUGCUGACCAGACUACCGUACCUUUCCUUCCAUCAGGGGGAAGAAGAUUUAUGAGCCACCCAGGUAUAUGAGCGUGAACCAGGCAGCGGAGCAGCUUCUCGCUAUUGUGCAAAACAGGCGGCUACAAGGCGAAGAACCAGGUACGCACGUGAGCUCUGGCCGCUAGCAUUUUGAGGCUGGCCCUCCCCUCCUUUGUCCAGACCGCAGCAGCAUCAAAUAACUCGCAAUUUGUGAUGGAAAUGGGCCCUCUUGAAAUUGGCAGGCUGGAAAUUGCCUACAGAGGCCAAGCAUUCGCUGUGGUUCGUCAGCCGCAGUGAAGUGAACUUCAAGCAGGACCCGAGGCAGAGCACUGUAGCCACAAAACGUUGGCCUGCACACAAACCAGCCACAAACUCCACGAACCAGUUGGUUUUUUAAAAAAGAAAUGCAAAUCCCAUAUGAACAUACUUUAGAGUGAAUCACUUUGACCUUACUCUGUUCGCUGUACGUGCUUUUCCUGGAGCUACUAGUUGCUGCAGAAACAGCGGGGGCGCAUUGAUCCUGGGAAAGUGUGUCUUAAUAGUCAACUUUUGACGGAUCUAGGAGUUCUCGCUGGUUAAUGAAAUGCAGAGACUUUCCAUAGGGCUGUAGGGUGUCAAAUGUCCAAGUAGUGAUUGGCUGGAAGCAGUGACAAAAUGCUCUGCAAAGUCUAGCUAGCUCACAUGCACUGCCUUUCUGAAACAAAACAGGAGGCACAGUUAAGAGCCCAGAAAGGAUAUGAAAGAAUUAGCCAUUAUUAGUGGAAUCAGUUUCUUAGAUACUCACGGGAGUGGCCUCUCUAAACAAGCCCUGUUUGGAAGAAGGCAAGUCUAUGAAACUAUGACACACACAACUCAUAGCAAUCCAAUCAGUGGUGGACUUUGGGCUUUCACAUUUCAGUAGCAUCCUAUGUAACGCCAAAAUUUGGCGCAGUAACAGACGCCUCUUGCCUUCCGUUCCAAGUCAUGUUUGCGGCGCCCUCUUGGCUCAGCGCCCAGUGCGGGUGAUCUGGUCAAGCAUCCCUAAAUCCGCUUCUGAUCCAAUCAGGCUCCAUGCAGGGAUGCAGCAGAAUUUAACAAAACCUGCAGGUACAUCGCAGGCAGCUUACAUCAGGAUGGGUGCUUUCACCUUCCUACGUAACACAUUCCACUUACCCUUCCUUGUGGGAAGUUUUGAUACCAGCAAUACCUUCAUAUUAAUCACAGUUUACCGUAUUUUUCCAUGUAUAAGACGACCCCUAUUUUGGGGGACUCCAGAUUAAGAAAAUGGAGGGAGAUUGCCCAGAGUUGUUGAGCUUUUUUGGGGGGGAGGGGGUUGCCAAAAAUCGCUCACCCACCUGACCAACGCUGCCAAUCACACGCAUCACCAAAGCUGCCAAUUGUCUGCCCACUCACCACCAGCAGCCACCAAUCGCCCGCCCAAUUGUCGCAGCAGCAGCCAAUCAACAGCAGACCUUGCCACAGCCACCAAUCACCCACCCAAUCGCGGCUGACAAUCUCCUGCUCGCGGCUGCAACCAAUCGCCUGCCCCCACACACUAUCUGUGUAUAAGACGGCCCCCAAUUUUAAACAUUAUUUUAUAAUUAAAAAACUUCAUCUUAUACAUGGAAAACUACGAUACUUACUUAGUAAGGUAAAAAAUGGUAAAGGCCCCCUGGACGAUUAAGUCCAGUCAAAUUAGACUAUGAGGUGCAGCACUCGUCUCCACUUCCAGGCUGAGGAAGCUGGCAUUUGCCCACAGACAGCUUUCCAGGUCCUGUGGCCAGCAUGACUAAACCACUUCUGGCACACAAAACACCGUGACGAGUGCCAGAGGGCAUGAAAAUGCCGAGCUCAGUCAUACUAGCAUCUUCCCCACACUGCAGCCCUGUCUAAGCUUCUCUUGCAUAUUCUCCAGUCUAGGAAUGGCAACCUAUGGUUCUCCAAAUGGUGUUGGACUCCAGAGCCAUCAUCCCUAAACAUUGGCCAUUGCUGGUUGGGGCAGAUGGGAUUUCUGUUAAAACGCCCAGAAGACCUCAGGUUUCCCAACCUGCUCUGGUCCUUUUGCUGAUAAAUCAAAGCAGUUACUAGGCCAGGAGGGCAGAAUCAGUCUUUUCAGCUAGGCGGCCUUCACUUGAUGACUCUGUAUGAAUGACUACUUACCCCACUGGUUUAUACCUGCAAUUCAGUACCUUGAGAAUGAGAACCUGCUUCCUAGGCUUGACACUUCUCACAUUUGCCACAUCCUAUUGCGAAGAACUUGAGCAAUGUACACGUGUGGGUUGGGGUUUUUUUCAGAGAAGUCUAUAUUAGUCUUCAGAGGACAGUCUUUUUUGUAAGCAGCGUUUUAACCUUUUUUAGGAAGAAAGCAUCACUUCCUGCAGUGUGCCAAGCGCACCAACCUCUUUCACUAUGCUUCCGUAAUAUUUUGUUCUCUUUAACUCCCCCCCCUUUUUUUAAACAGAAAUUGCAGGAAACACCAUCUGCGUAGGCUUAGCAAGAGUGGGCGCAGUGGAUCAAAAGAUUGCUUCCGGUACUCUACAGGAAAUGACUACGGUGGCAUUAGGCGAUCCUCUACACUCUUUGAUCAUAACUGGAACUUUGCAUCCCUUGGAAGUAGACAUGCUUAAGCUCUUUGCAGUUGACAAAUCCAUUUUUGAGCACAUGGCUGAAUAAAUACUUGUUUACACACGUGCUUUGAGCUGAAUCUGGUGUCACUAGUUAGCCAUACGUUUUGCAAGAGGGGGAAGCCCACCCCGACUGUCCAAGUAGACUGCCGGAAAGUCCUGUUGCCAGUCCCUAUGAAGACACCAAACUAUUUACCAAGGAAUACAACCCACGGAGCAAUAAUCAAGUCUGGUCGUUUGGCAGGCUGCCUAAAUUCGGUAUGAAAUGCAUUAUUUUUUUUUUAAAAAAGUUACCUAUCAAUAAAAAGCCAGUUCGGAAUGAAA